GAUGACGUUCUGGUUUGCUUAUCAAAAGUCCCCUCUCAGAGCUAUAACUCAUUAAAUUAUUAACUGAAGGAAGAUGUCGCUGUUAGUACAGGAGCAUCGGACGGUGCGCUUUGUGUUUCUGGGCGCAGCCGGGGUUGGAAAAACAGCCCUGAUCACCCGCUUCUUGCAGGACCGCUUCGACACCAAAUACACGCGCACGGUGGAAGAGCUUCACGCGCUCGAGUACGACACUGAAGGCGCGCGGGUCCGCAUUGAGAUCUUGGAUACGAGCGGAAGUUAUGCCUUCCCUGCGAUGCGCGCUCUGUGCAUCCGAACCGGGGACGCGUUUGCGCUUGUGUACGCAGCCGACGAGCCAGAUUCCCUGGAGGAGGUGCAGAGACUCCGAGAGGAGAUUCUGGAGCUGAAAGGGGAGAGUUUCACUGGCAUCACGGUGAUAGAGAACAAAGCGGAUCUGUGCAGCCGGAGUCGCCAGGCCACUGCGGAGGCGAUGCGCGCGGUGGAGGAGGACUGGGGCGCGGGCUUCGUGGAGACCUCCGCGCGCACCGGCGACAAUGUCACAGCCGUGUUUCGGGACUUACUUCAACAGAUGAAGUUACCAAGCCGGGUGAGUCCGGCACUGCGCAGACGGACACAGACAAUGUCCAGAGAGCUCACAGAGAAGCGGGAGAAGCCCCCAAUGAAGAAAAACAACAGCUGCAUCUUGUCUUGAUGGACAUUUAUAUGACACUGUAGUUAUGCAUCAUACUGAUGCUUAAGUGAUCUGGAUCAAAUAUAGACCCCACAUAAAUGUUUUUAUGUGUGUUUAUGCUUUAUCAUUAUCAUUUAAGGGGAUUCUCUGAAUGCUGUAUGUCUGGUCUUUCUAAAUGAGAGCUAUAGUUAU